UAAAACCAAUUUUUAACCUCGGUAUUUUGCAGACCUUUUUAGUGGAGUUGAUAAAAUGAACUUGAAGGACAGACAUCAAACCCAAUCAACUGCAACAAAACACUUUGCCGCCUUUGGGGAGGGGGCGGAGUUUAGUGUGUUGAGAAGCUGUGACGUCGGCUAUCCGCGCAUGCUAGUAGCAGCACCAGUGUUUGCUUUUGUUGGACGAAGAGAAAAAUUGCAGGAUACCGUUAAUUUGUUUUGAUUUUUUUCCUAGGUCCGUUUUGGCCUAUUAUUAAUCACAGGAGUAUCAAUAAAGCAGGUAACUAAGGUAACCCCCCCCCAUACUUUCAGAAUCCACAUCUGUGAAGCAUCAACAUGGCAGUCAGAAGGGGACACAUCAGAUACCUCAAAGUGUGUGAGGUACAGAGUUGUCAGGGUGACAAUAGGGAAUCACAACAGCAUGUCGGUAAGGGUUCGAUUAACAUGAAGCAAGACGCUUAUGAUAACGGUUACGACGAACAGAUGGAAGAUGAGCCCAAAGAUGCCAAAACCAACCUUAUUGUCAAUUACCUGCCCCAGAACAUGAGUCAGGACGAGUUGCGGAGUCUCUUCAGCAGCAUCGGCGAGGUGGAGUCUGCCAAACUCAUCCGCGAUAAAGUGGCAGGUAAUCCCUAUCACAAAAACCAGAGCCACAGUUUAGGGUACGGAUUUGUUAACUAUGUUAACGCUAGUGAUGCAGAAAGGGCUAUCAAUACCCUCAAUGGGCUGAGACUACAGUCUAAAACUAUCAAGGUGUCCUUUGCCAGGCCGAGCUCUGACGGUAUUAAGGAUGCCAAUCUUUACAUUAGUGGGCUGCCCAAGACCAUGACACAGAAAGACGUGGAGGAUAUGUUCACACGCUAUGGUCGCAUCAUCAACUCGCGUGUAUUGGUCGAUCAGGCCUCUGGCCUGUCCAGGGGGGUGGCCUUUAUCCGCUUUGACAAACGGGCCGAGGCGGAGGACGCCAUCAAAGACCUGAAUGGGCAGAAACCCCCUGGUGCCUCGGAGCCCAUCACAGUGAAAUUUGCUGCCAGCCCCAACCAGGCCAAGAACUCCCAGCUCAUCAACCAGCUCUACCACAACCAGGGCCGGCGCUUUGGAGGUCCAGUACACCACCAGGCCCAGAGAUUCAGGUUCUCUCCAAUGAGUGUGGACCACAUGAGUGGCAUGUCUACGGUUAGCGCUCAGGGGAACUCCACCGCUGGCUGGUGUAUCUUCAUCUACAACCUGGGCCAGGACGCUGACGAGGGCAUCCUGUGGCAGAUGUUCGGGCCGUUUGGAGCCGUCACCAAUGUCAAGGUCAUCCGAGACUUCAACACCAACAAGUGCAAAGGCUUCGGCUUCGUCACCAUGACCAACUACGAGGAGGCCGCCAUGGCCAUCGCCAGCCUCAACGGUUACCGCAUUGGAGACAAGGUCCUGCAGGUUUCCUUCAAAACCAGCAAGGGGGGUCACAAGUAAACUGAAAAGGGUGAAGGGGUGCUUGUUUUCCAUUCUUACUGGGGGGGUUAAACAAUAUAUUGGGAAGGCUACACAUUUGUUCAUGGAAGGAGAUAAUCUAUCUCCUUGGUUCUUGUAAUUUAAUUUCUAUGCUGUCACUUAGAUCUUUAUCUUAGCCAGUAGAAAAGUAGACUUCUUGCUGUGACAAAAAAUAACCUGUUCCAUAGUUUGUUUUUUUUUUUGCUGGGGGGGUGUUCAGUAGUGUACAGGAAGUUUGUUGACCAAUUCUUGAAUGUUUUAAUGAUCUGUGGGUUAUGUUGGUCUACUUCAUGUGUGCCACAUACAUGGUUGAGGGUGACGAUGCAAAUUCCUGCCAUGUUUAAUGCUCUGCUUAAUACAUGCUUGCCAUUUCUCUUCUUUUUUUUAACAUAGUCAUUUUAUCAUGAUCAGGGCGUAAAGCUUGGCCUUGAUUCCCAAUAGACCCUCCAGUCUUUCUACACUCCUGUUCUCAGAAACAAUGUAAUUUUGAACAUGCACAAGUCGUGUUCUAAAUCUACACAGACUAUUAGAUAAAGCAUGCCCUUCUUGGCAAUGCAUUUGAUUACAAAAAUAUUGCUGUGUAAUUGGGGAUCUAAGGGGGGGAAAGGACUGAUAAAUGUGUUUUCCCCAUUCCUCUAUUUAUACAUGCCCUCAGACAUUAAACCAUCAUCUGAAUUGUGAUACAAACUAAAGGGAAGAUUUAAAUGAUUCAGUUGGUCGGAAGAUAAUAUUCUGUAAGCUGUAAUUUUGAUAAAUACAGGGCUUUUUUCCUGAGUUAUUCAAGCUUUAACCAGUUGUAUGCUUUUCUGUUUUCAUGUGAUCUUUUCUUUUAUUGAAACUGCCUUUCAACGUCAACUUGUUUUCCAUGAUUGUUUGAUUUACUUUUGCCAUUAAACUGUAUUUGGUGGAAGUUUUGGUUUGUUCCAGUUUUUUAAUAAAAGUUUAACUUCG